AUGUCGUUCCUCAAACAAGCUGCUAUCCUGGGCACGGUCCUCCUCGCUGGUAAUGCUGCUGCCCACGGUUUUAUCCAGGGCAUAUCAGCUGGUGGAAAGUCAUAUGCAGGUCAAUCUCAUUGGUCUUCCGAAGCAAGCCCAGGCUGGAAAGCAAACAACGGCGACACUGGCUUCGCCUCAAGCUUGACUGGCCCAGACAUCAUCUGUCACAACAGUGCCGUCGCAGGAACACAAUAUGUCGCAGUUGCUGCAGGCUCUGCAAUCGAAGUCACAUGGAAUACCUGGCCAGAAUCUCACAAAGGUCCUGUGCUCGACUACCUUGCUCCUUGUGGUGACGAUUGUGCUACCAUCGAUAAGAGUCAACUAAGAUUCACAAAGAUCGACGAAGCUGGUUUGAUCACGGCCAAUCCUCAACGCUGGGCUUCUGAUGAUUUGAUCGCUGAUAACUUCAAAUGGACUGUCACCAUUCCGUCCAGUGUUGCACCAGGAAAGUAUGUCCUCCGACAUGAGACUAUCGCCCUGCACAGUGCUGGUUCGCAAGGUGGUGCUCAAGCUUAUCCUCAGUGCAUCAAUAUCGAAGUCAGUGGUUCAGGAACCAACAGUCUCUCGUCCGGCACACCAGGAACUCAGCUGUAUAGUCCCACUGAGCCAGGCAUUCUCGUCAAUAUUUAUACUACCAUGACUGGAUACGACAUUCCUGGCCCAGCAGUCAUGGCUGGUGGAUCUAGUGACGACUCAGGAUCUCCUCCAGUGCCCAGCAGUUCAUCUCGAUCUCCACGUCCUUCAUCCACUACUCUAGCUACCAGCACUAGACCCGUUUCCAUCACCAGACCUGCUACCACGAAGGUCGCUGUCGUCUCGACUACGACUGAUGCUCCACCAACUACAAACCCAGCUCCCUCAUUCACUUCCACCAGCGCAGCUCCGUCUACCACCUUUACCAUGAAAGGCAGAAAGUUUGUCUGUCACGAAGAAUAG